AUGGCAAUGGCGGCUAUGGCCAUGGAAGAAUCGGAGAGAUCGGAGAGAUCGGAGAGCCAGGCAGCCGUGAAGGAAAAGGACGAGCGCGAGGAACGCUGCGCAGAAGCAUCCGCCAGAAGUCUUUGCAUUGCCACAGGCAUGAUGAUCACUGCAGCAACCCGUCCCGCAGUGAUUCUGGCCAUCAAAGGUGACCGAGCAGCAAACACCAUGGGUCACUGGGCUGUGACGUGGUGUUUCAUGAGGAUUCAGCCGGAGGUGACAUCCCCAACACAUCCCAACACCAACGUUUUGGGGGCUUAUUAG